UUCCAUCCUUGAUUCGAUCAUUUUUCAUGGUCUUAUUUAAGUCUACCAUCAUGGAGGCUAUGGAGUUAGAUGAUUUCGAGGACGAUUUCGUGUUACGAUUUUCCGGCGAAAUGCAAGCCCCUCAGCCCGUUUUCGUUAAUGCCGUACAGCCAUCCGUAUCCACAAAUAUUUCCACUACUGGAGUUUCAAAUGUUGCUUCUGCUAUGGCAACGACAAGAUCUGUCGUUCCUCCGGCAUCUACUACAAGGUCUGCUGUUCCUUCGGCAUCUACUGUGACAACUGUAAGCUCUAUCGUUCCUGUGGCAGCUACUACAACUACAAGGUCUAACGAAAUAAUGCAAGCCCCUCAGCCGGUUUUCGUUAACGCUGCACAGCCAUCCGUAUCC